AAUUCUCAAACAAAUAAUGAAAUAAUCUUUUUCAUUUUUUUGAACGCUGCACAACACUGAUGUCUACCGUUAGUUUUUAGAUAAUUCUAUGCUUUAUUGGAAUUUGAAGAACCAAAGUGAAUCAAGUACGCUUAUUAUACGCUUAUAAAAUUUGUAAGGAAGUAAAAUGUUUCGUCCUAACCUCGCUGGUCCGUUUAAAUCCAAAAAAAAUAAGCGUUCGGCUAAAAAGCCGCCCGCGGUCAAUAUGGAGGACGUUGAAAAGGAAUCUGAUUCAUUUCUUAAAAAAGUUUUUAAAGUGGAGUCGUGUGUUUGCGAUCGUCCAUCAGUGCAUCUGGUGUGCUUAAAUUGUGGUACUACCACGUAUGGUAGAAUUCAAAUGCUGUGUCCAAAGCAUAGAAAUGUUCAAUGGUUAAUGGAUUUUGGAGCGUGUCCUAAGUGCAAUGCGGAUAAAAGUCAAAUAAAAGAAUAUAACGCAGCCCGAUCUGUGCGCGCAAAUAAUCCUUAAAACUUUAAAACUUAAAAAUAAUUAAUACACAUUUAUUCAUAUACAACAGUUAUUAAAAGGAUGCUUUCAUUUUAAUACAUUAAUUUAAUUUAUAUUCAAAAUAUACAUCAUAUUAAGGAAUAUACUCUUUUUCGUUGAGCUGUUAAUCUAUAUUUAAUAAAAAUGAGUACGGAAGAAGUCAUGUUUAUAGUAAAUC